AUGCCACCAGCUACAAACGAAGAGCAGUUCCGCUUCCUGAUCUCCUGUAUCCGUUGGUCAAACAAUGGCAAGGUUGAUUUCACGGAAGUUGCCAAAGAGUGCCAGGUGGUGAGUAAAGGUGCUGCCGCAAAGCGAUAUGAGCGUAUGAUGCGCGCUCAUGGGAUACACCCCAACGGAGGUCCCGGAAGGGCUCCAACCGCUCGCCAACCAAAGACCGAGCGCAAUGCAGGACCAUCCCCUACCAAGAAAGCAAAGGGCAAGGCCGCCGCGUUCGAUGAGAGCAUGAACGUUGACGACGACGAGGAGCCGGCGGCAAGCGACAACUUCAAGGCGGAGAACAGCCAGGAUGAGGAGCUUCUCGUCAUCAAGUCCGAGCAGUUCUAUGAAGUCCAAGACCUCCAAGAAGAUUGA